AUGAUUUGGUGCUGUGAACGAAAACGACAUGGACAUUGCAAAGGCCGAUUGCAUACUAUCAACGAUCGUGUCGUUCAAACAAUUGGCAUCCACAAUCAUGAACCAAGAGCCGAAAUCGCCGAAUUGAUAACUGCAAGAACACAAAUGAGUCAAGAUGCAAAAACGUCGAGCAAAGCGACACAUGAUAUUAUUGCCGAUGGAGUUAGUCACUUAUCAAAUCAAGCAGUUGCAUCAUUGCCAGAUCUGCAAAAUCUGAAGAAGACAACUCGACGUAUUCGUCAAAAGGCUCAAAAUCCGUAUGCAUUGCCAGCGUCACGUGAUACAAUUAUUAUUCCACAUGACAUGACAAAAACAGUGGCGAAUAGAACAUUCCUUCAAAUUUUACCAAUGGUGGCUUUUUUUUUAGGUAAAUCAAAGAAAUUAUAUAAUGAAAUGUUCAAAUGGAUUAUUGAUAUGAAACCGAAUUUCGAUCCAGUUAAUGUGAAAUUGGACUUUGAACAAGCGGCUAUUCGCACCAUUCGAACGAAAUUUCCACAUGCCAAUAUUAGUGGAUGUUUUUUUCCCCUGUGUCAGUCUGUCUAUCGAGCCGUCGAACGUUUCGGACUGAAAGCAGAUUAUUCUGAUGAUCCACUACUAGCUCAACAAAUUCGAGCUCUUCCUGCUCUGGCUUUGUUGAAUACGGACGACGUUAUCGAUACAUUUGAAGAAUUGAAACAGCAAUUUCCGAUCCAAGGGAAGCCUGUCUUGCAAUAUUUCGAAGAAACCUACAUCGGUGAACGCAAUCGAGAAGGUCGACCGCGGAAAAGGCCUCAAUUUGAUGUGAAACUUUGGAAUAUUCAUCAAAGUACUUUACAAGAUGGUCAUCGAACAAACAAUGUAGUCGAAGGAUGGAACAAUAGAUUUGCAUCGCUAGUUGAUUGUGCACAUCCGAACAUUUGGAAAUUUUUGAAAUCGUUGAAAAAAGAACAAUCAAUGGUCGAAGCUGAACUAAUUCAAGCUGAAGCCGGGGUCAGACGACCGAAACGUUUGGUCACCGAACGUCAACAAAAAAGAAUUUUGAAUAUUUUGAAUGAACAGUCGACAACAAAUUUGGAUAAAGUAUUAGCACUAGCUAAUAACAUUUCGCUGAAGUCGGCCUAA